AAAUCAUACUCUCACACACACUCUCUUUCUAUCUUCUCAAAGCUUCUUGUACUUUUGCAUUCAAGCACACCAAUGGCUGUUCUAGUUGUUGCUCUUCUUAUUUGUUCCAUGGUUGCUCACUCCAGCGGGACAUGGUGCGUGUGCAAAAAAGGAGGAAAUGAUAAAACGCUUCAAAUGGCAAUAGACUAUGCGUGUGGAAACGGGGCGGACUGCACCCAAACACAUCAAGGUGGGAAAUGUUACAACCCGGACACAGUCAUUGACCACUGCAACUAUGCCGUCAACAGCUACUUCCAAGCCAAGGGCCAGACCCCCGAGGCCUGUAACUUCAAUGGUGCAGCCAUGAUCGUCACAUCUGAUCCCAGUAAUAAUGGGUGCACGUAUCCUUCUUCAGCCAGUGGUGGUAACACCGUGACUGCGUCACCUGGAAACACCAAGACACCAGGCUCCACCACUGUGACAACAGGUGGCACCACCACUUCUCCCUACGGAAACAACCCAACCAACACCGGUAUUUUAGGAGGUGGAUAUGGCUCGGGUUCAUCAGGAACUGGUAUCAAUACUGAUGUUAGUAACGGGUUCAUGCUACACCAAGCCUUUGGUUUCUUCGCUUUAAUAGGGUUGGCACUCGUUAUGCUUUUGUGGGGUUGAUCAAAUAUGUAUGUACAAGUGGAUGAUGAAUGUAGUAGUAAGGGGUGCGUACACAUGGUUGUAGUGUUGUUAUUGUUGUUACAUGGGUUGGUUUUAUGUAGGUUAGCGGAUUGUCUAAAAGACAAGCUAGGUUGUAUUUUGGACCUUUAUGUACCUUCCCAUUGUCUAUAUUGGGAAAUUAUCGAUCAUGAAUUAUAUUCCUUUUUGGUGGUCUCGACUCA